AGAGAGAGAGAGAGAGAGAGAGAGAGAGAGAGAGAGAGCACGGCUGUGUUUAUUUAUACUUAUAUUUUUCGUUAUAACCAAACAUCAUAAACAAUUAUAUACAGCAAUCAAAAAAUGUCAGAGAAAAAGAGAAAAAAGUAUCUAUAUGAUGAAAAUGCACCAGUAACAAAAUAUGCUAUCACUAAAGCUAAAAAAUCCAUUGAAGAGGAAAAAAUAGAUGAUCUACAUAAAAUUAACUGUAGUUCAAUCCCUAUUGAGCCAGAGUUGCCUGCAAUUCGACAAUUAGUUGAAACGAUUAAAAUUGACGACAAUAAUCCAAUAGUAGGAGACACGCAAAAUGCUAAAUCAUCUGAUGUAUAUGACUACAAAUUAUUUGAUUCUGAUAAUAUUGCUACAGAUAUUUUAUAUGAAGAUAUAUACAGCAGUGACGAGGAAUUGUCAUCGCUUUUAAAGGAAACAAUAAAAAGUGCCAAUACGGUAAGGGAUUUACUAGAUGACAGCGAAUUUUUUAAUUUAAUGUCGUUACACGUUAAAAGAAGUCCUGCUGAAUUAUUAUUAAUGGCUCUAAAAUAUUCUAUAUCAAAUUCGUUAUCCGUUUCAGGUAUUUCAAAUUUAUUGAAAUUUAUAAAUAUAAUAUGUGGUAAAGAUGUUUUACCGGAAACUCGAUAUAAAAUAGAUCAAUUAUGUAAUGAUGAUAAAAAUAUUACAUUACACGCUACUUAAUGUCCUACGUGUACACAAUACAUUGGUAAGUUUGACGAUUUUACGGUAUCAGUCAAUUGUAUAAAGUGCAAUACAAGUGUUGAUGUGUCAAAUCCAUCAAACCCGUGUUUCUUUGCGAUUAUCAAUCCAUCUGAUGCUAUUCGUGAUUACUUGGAAAGUAAUGAAAAUUAUUAUGAUUGCAUGAGCUGAUCAUUUAAAAGAUAUCUACGACGGUAUGAUGUACAGAAAGUUUGUUCAAACAAUCCAAGAAUGUGAUCGCAAUGCAUAUGCGACGGUAAUGUUCAAUACGGAUGGCGCGCCAGUUUUUAAAUCUUCUACUUUUUCAAUAUGACCAAUUUACCUCAUACUUAACGAAGUUCCUAUUCAAGAAAGGUUAAAAAGCGUUAUUACGACUGCUUUGUGGUUUGGUCCAAAUAAACCACAAAUGGAUAUUUUUUUACAUGCAUUUGUCAAUUGAAUGAACAAACUUUCAACAGCAGGUAUUCCGUGUACAAUAAAAAAUCAAAAUCGUACUAUAAAAGUGUAUGCAUUAAUCGCUUGUGUCGAUACAGUGGCUCGGGCACCAAUGAAUGGUACUAGUCAAUUUAAUUCAAAGUAUGGGUGCGACUGGUGUUUGCACAAAGGAUAUUAUUAUAAUGGAAGUAUGCGAUAUCCGUUUGAAAAUCCAUUAUCAGAAAACAGAAAUCAUAAAAUGACUAUUGAACAUGCAACUCAAGCUGUGCAAACUCAGAAACGUGUAUUCGGUGUUAAAACUGCUUCGCCACUUUUAAAUUUACAGAACUUUGAUAUUAUUGAUGGGUUUACACCAGACUACAUGCACUGUUACGUAGCUGGUGUUGGUAAACAAUUUACUGAGUACAUCGUAAUAAUUUUAACAAAGACAGAGGAAGAUAUACUUGAGAAUAUCUUUCAAAAAUUAAAGGUUCCUAAUCAAUUAUCACGGUUAUCAAGAUCUUUAAAAGCCUGCGGAAAAUGGAAAGCUCGAGAAUACGAGAAUUGGAUAUUAUACUAUAGCAUUACUUUGCUAAGUUUGGUUUUAAAAAACCACAAAAAAAUCUUAAAACACUGGUCAUUAUUAGUAAACGCCUUGCACAUUUGUUUGCAAAUCGAUAUUACCUUUGCAGAUUUGAAUUACGCUAAUGAAAUGCUUUUUAAAUUUGUGGCUGAAGCAGAAGAUAUAUAUUCGUUAACUGCGUUAACAUAUAAUGCACAUCAACUGCUUCAUAUAGUUAAAAGCAUAUAUAACUGGGGCCCUCUGUAUUGUCAUUCGAGCUAUGCCUUUGAAGCUGCUAAUCAUAAAUUAUUAAAAUCAAUUCAUGGGGCUAAAGGAGUGAUUUCUCAAAUAAUAAGAUAUGAAAGCAUUGAACGAACCAUACAAAUUCUGGAAAAAAAAAUUUAUUCAGAAUAUCCUGGAAUAUCAAUGUUUUUUUGUGAGAAUCUCAUAUCAUCGCUAGUUCAAAAAGCUUACAAAGUAUCCAAUAUUACGUAUAUAAAUAAAGUACAAGUAGUUUCUGAAUAUUUAAUAAAUGCACACAAUAUACCAAAAAAUUCCAAAGUUUAUCACAAGAUCGUUUAUGGAGGUUCCUUAUUUAUGACGUCAAAGAAGAAAAAUAAACGAUCUUGCAAUUAUUACGCGCAGCUAACAAAUGGGAAAUUCGUUGAAUUAUUACAUUUUAUUAUUAACGUUGAAGCACACACUGAAUGGACAAUAUGCCGUGUUAUUAAAACAAAAACUAAUAAAUAUGCGAAUAUAAUAAGAGAAGUAUCUGAAAUGUCUGAUGAAAUAUGUAUAAAAACACAUGAUAUUCAUAAAACGUGUGUAUUCAUUGAAGCAGGAGAUGUAACUUACAUAAUUCCAACACCAAAUCAGUUAUUCUAUUAGUUGUUUGUUAUAAAUGUAUAUACUUAUAUAAAAAUAAAAAUAAAUCGUUACUACAUAAAAAACAGUAUUGUUACAAGAAAGCAUUUUCUAUGUAUUUUAAUAUGAAAUAAAUAUUUUUUUAACCGACAAACUAU